AUCAAUCAUACACAAUUAAAUAAUAUUCUGGAACAAUUUUUAUCAAUUUAUAUUUAAAAAAAGAUUCCAUUAGACAGACUGCAAUAUUAAUAUUAAAAACAAACAAUUAAAAUGGCAUUACACAGUGUUCCUCCUAAGAGGAAAGAAAUUUACAAAUAUGAAGCACCUUGGCCUUUAUACAGUAUGAAUUGGUCAGUGCGACCUGAUAAAAGGUUUCGAUUAGCCCUAGGAAGUUUUGUAGAAGAAUAUAAUAAUAAAGUACAAAUUGUAUCUCUGGAUGAAGAAACUUCUGAAUUUAGUGCCAAAAGCACAUUUGAUCAUCCGUAUCCAACCACUAAAAUUAUGUGGAUUCCUGACAGUAAAGGUUUAUUCCCGGACUUGUUGGCAACAUCGGGAGAUUAUUUACGAGUAUGGCGUGCUGCAGAACCAGACACACGACUAGAGUGUGUUCUUAAUAACAAUAAAAAUUCCGACUUUUGUGCUCCACUGACAUCAUUUGACUGGAAUGAAGUGGAUCCUAAUUUAAUUGGAACCUCUAGCAUUGAUACAACAUGUACAAUUUGGGGAUUAGAAACGGGUCAAGUUCUUGGCCGUGUAAAUAUGGUGACUGGUCACGUGAAAACACAAUUGAUUGCUCAUGAUAAAGAAGUAUAUGACAUAGCAUUCAGUCGUGCUGGUGGUGGACGUGAUAUGUUUGCUUCAGUUGGUGCUGAUGGUUCAGUACGAAUGUUUGAUCUUCGACAUUUAGAACAUUCAACUAUUAUUUAUGAAGAUCCUCAGCAUACUCCGUUAUUAAGACUAGCAUGGAAUAAACAAGAUCCCAAUUAUCUGGCUACAGUUGCCAUGGAUGCUUGUGAAGUUAUUAUAUUAGAUGUUCGAGUUCCAUGUACUCCAGUAGCACGUUUAAAUAAUCACAGAGCCAGUGUUAAUGGUAUUGCCUGGGCUCCACAUUCGUCUUGUCAUAUCUGUACGGCCGGUGAUGAUCAUCAAGCACUGAUUUGGGAUAUUCAACAAAUGCCACGAGCUAUUGAAGAUCCUAUUCUAGCAUACACAGCUGCUGAAGGUGAAGUUAAUCAAAUUCAAUGGGGAGCAACACAGCCUGACUGGAUUGCUAUUUGUUAUAACAAAGCUGCAGAAAUUUUACGCGUUUAGUUAUUUUUUUUUUCUUUAUUAGCUUUAUUAUCAAUUUUUGAUCGUUUUUUUUUUAAUGGACAAUUCUUGCUGUGCAGAAUUUUACACAAAUGAACAAAAUUUAUACAUGUAAAAAAUUUGCAUAUACAAAUUGAAUCAUUGCGUAGCAUUAGUACGGAAACGAAUUUUUUUGUAUAUACGUAUUUGAUCGUAUUUGAAUUAUUUUAUUAUCGUAUUUUAAAAAAUUAACAAAAAGUAUUUAAAAUACUUAUCAGUUCUGUAUUAGUGUUUCUGAUGUAUUCAUAUUCAUAUAUUACUUAAAGAUAAUAUUAUUUAU